AUGUAUUCAACAGCUACUUUAUGUCUUGGGCUGAUGGCUAGCCUCGCCCAAGGCGCUCUCCUCAACAGACGCGCUGCUUUGGAGGAUUGUCUUUCGGGUAGCAGAACUGUUGUGGAUGAAGUCGGUUCUGAUGACUACAAUCGUGAUAUCACACCUUUCAACAAGCGUCUGCAGUUUCAACCGGCCGCUAUUGCAGUACCAACUACGGUGGAACAGAUACAGAGUGCCGUGGCAUGUGGCUCGAAGCUAGGAUACAAAGUUACUGCGAAGGGCGGGGGACACAGCUAUGCCUCUCUGGGUCUUGGUGGGGAGGACGGUCAUCUCGUCAUUGAGCUUGAUCGUAUGAAUUCUGUCGUAUUGGAUACGAAGACGAAUAUCGCGACUGUGGAUUCGGGAACAAGACUUGGCCAUCUAGCAGCAGAGCUAUUCGCCCAAGGAAACCGCGCUAUAUCCCACGGAACUUGUCCCGGUGUUGGUAUCUCCGGCCAUGUCCUACAUGGCGGAUUUGGUAUGAGCUCCCACACACGAGGUCUAGCACUAGACUGGGUAGCUGGAAUGAAUGUUGUCUUGGCAAACGGAUCACUUAUCCAUGCCUCGGAAACCGAAAAUAAGGAUGUUUAUUGGGGCUUGCUCGGCGCGGGGUCGAAUUUCGGCGUCGUCACGAGUUAUGAGCUCAACACAUUUGAGCCUCCCGCAAAUGUUACAUGGUUCGUAGUAAACCUGCCGUUGAAACAGAACACAUCCGUUGCUGUGUUGGAAGCGCUGGAAGAUUUCGCUAUGAAUACUCAGCCGGCCGAGCUGAACAUGCGUCUUUAUGCUACGCGCCAAUUUACCCAGCUAGAGGGUUCUUACCAUGGCAACAAGACCGACCUCGAAGCUGCGCUCGCGCCACUAUUAAACAAGACUGGAGGCACAUUAGCCGUUGCCCAGACAGUCACUUGGCUCAAGGGUCUUGAGCAUUUCGCUACUAUGAAACUAAAUCAGACUUACCCUUACACACAAGUGCAAGAGAAUUUCUACGGUAAAAGUCUUGAACUUAAGGGUUUGAACGGGACUUCAGCAAAGGGAUUUUCCGACUAUUUGUUCAAUGUAGCCAAGAAAGAAACAGCACACUGGUAUAUUCAGCUGGAUAUCCAUGGAGGCAAGAAUUCGGCGGUCUGGAAAGUUGACUCGAAAAAGACGUCUUAUGCGCAUCGCGACAAGAUGUAUAUCCUCCAGUUUUACAUCACGACAACUGGCGCUCCGGAAGACGGGUUCAAAUUUAUCAACGACUGGGCAUCAGCCACGACGACUCCUCUAACGGCAUCCGACUGGGGAAUGUACUUUAACUACCCCGACACAAACUUGAACCGAACGAAGGCGCAGGAGAUGUACUGGGGCGAAAACCUUGCCAAGUUGCAACAACUAAAGGCAGAUCUUGACCCCCACGAGUUAUUCUACUACCCAGUAUCGAUUAGUCCGGCGCAGAACUCCGAGCUUGUGUAG